UCCACCCCCGGAGGGUUGAAUGCCUGCCUACACCCUCAGGCACGACCAUGGAGAAGAGUGGGAACAUACAACUGGAGAUCCCUGACUUCAGCAACUCUGUCCUGAGCCAUCUAAACCAGCUGCGCAUGCAGGGCCGUCUCUGUGACAUCGUGGUCAACGUGCAAGGACAAGCUUUUCGGGCUCACAAAGUGGUACUGGCUGCCAGCUCCCCCUAUUUCCGAGAUCACAUGUCCUUGAAUGAGAUGAGUACUGUCUCCAUUUCAGUCAUAAAGAACCCUACUGUUUUUGAACAGCUCCUUUCUUUCUGUUAUACGGGGCGGAUAUGCCUGCAACUGGCAGAUAUCAUCAGCUACCUGACAGCUGCCAGUUUUCUGCAGAUGCAGCAUAUUAUAGACAAAUGUACACAGAUCCUGGAGGGCAUUCAUUUCAAAAUCAAUGUGGCUGAGGUUGAAGCUGAAUUAAGUCAAACAAGGACAAAGCACCCAGAGGGACCUCCAGAGUCUCACAGAGUUACACCAAAUCUGAACCGCUCCCUUAGCCCCCGACAUAAUACCCCAAAGGGAAACCGGCGAGGUCAGGUUAGUGCUGUGCUGGAUAUCAGGGAGCUCAGUCCUCCUGAGGAGUCCACCAGCCCUCAGAUAAUUGAACAGAGUUCUGAUGUAGAGAGCCGGGAGCCCAUUCUUCGGAUCAACCGAGCAGGACAGUGGUACGUGGAGACAGGAGUAGCAGACCGAGGGGCCCGGAGUGAUGAUGAAGUUAGAGUUCUUGGAGCAGUACACAUCAAAACUGAAAAUCUAGAAGAGUGGCUUGGGCCUGAGAAUCAGCCUUCCGGAGAAGAUGGGAGUAGUGCAGAGGAAGUCACAGCCAUGGUGAUUGACACCACAGGCCAUGGUUCUGUAGGACAGGAAAAUUACAUGUUAGGAUCUUCAGGAGCCAAGGUGGCUAGGCCAACAAGCAGUGAAAUUGACAGAUUUAGCCCCUCCGGCAGUGUUGUUCCCUUGACGGAGAGACACAGAGCCAGAAGUGAGUCUCCUGGGAGAAUGGAUGAGCCUAAGCAACCCAGCUCCCAGGUAGAAGAGUCAGCAAUGAUGGGAGUAAGUGGCUAUGUGGAGUAUCUCCGAGAGCAGGAAGUAUCUGAGCGGUGGUUCCGGUAUAACCCCCGUCUCACCUGUAUCUACUGCGCCAAAUCUUUCAACCAGAAGGGGAGCCUGGACCGCCACAUGCGCCUGCACAUGGGGAUUACACCAUUCGUCUGCCGCAUGUGUGGCAAGAAAUAUACCCGGAAAGAUCAGCUGGAGUAUCACAUCCGCAAGCACACAGGCAACAAGCCCUUUCACUGUCAUGUUUGUGGCAAAAGUUUCCCCUUCCAGGCCAUCUUGAAUCAGCACUUUCGCAAAAACCACCCUGGCUGUAUACCCCUGGAGGGGCCUCAUAGCAUCUCCCCUGAAACAACUGUCACAUCUCGGGGACAAGCCGAGGAAGAGUCACCUUCACAAGAAGAGACAGUUGCUUCUGGGGAAACUGCCCAGGGCUCUGUGUCCACUACUGGGCCAGAUUGA